AUGCUACAAUUUGAAGACAUAUCAAACGAUUUAAUCCUCUGUGUUUGGGAUCAAUUAGUGGCCGCUGAUGUUAUGUACAGUUUCUUCAAUCUUAAUAGUCGUAUUAAUUCCUUGCUAUUACAAUUUUGUGGACUCUACAAACAGCUAGAUUUACGUUAUUGUUCGUUAUCAGCUUGUCGUUUUUUUUGCCGUCAAGUACCAACUAUGAUUGAAUGGCGUCUCAACCUUACUGUUCUUAAAUUAGGUAAUCGUUAUCGAUGUUCUCAAACGAAUAUGUUGGCCAAGGAAGUGAUAAAAUCAUUUGUCGCAAAUCAUUUUACAAAGAGAGAAAAAUCAUGUCAUAACGCACCGGAAGAUAUCUUUCAGAUCUUAAUAACAAAUAACAAGGACAUACAACCGAUAUUUCCUCAAUUGAUAUCUUUCAUAGUUUUCCAACCGAUACCUAUUAGUGAUGUUUAUCGAGACGCUUUAUUAUUUAUUGUGGCUAAUGGAUCAUUGUUGCGUACAUUUGCUUGGAAUUCAUGCCGUAAACAAACUCAUCAUUCAAAAACUUUUUUCGAUUGGUUAUUUCGACGUUCAAUUAAUCUUGUUAGUUACAAACUAAGCACUCCACCAUGUGAAAACGGUUUUGAACUCAAAUACGAACAUACACUUAUUAAUACUUAUGUUCCUCAUUCUUCUCUCAUCUAUUUGACAAUUAAUAUUCUUAACUUAUCUACACUUCAUACACUUCUUCAUUAUCUUCCUCAACUUGAACAUUUAGAUGUGUAUAUUAGCAGUAUUUGUCAUUCAAAUAAUACUGAGAAUCAAAAAUUAAAUUAUCCACGAAAUCUUCGAGUAAUCAAUUUGAGGCAUUUUAUAAUUGAAGGACAAGACUGCAGUUGUCUUGAGCAGUUAAUCGAUAAAUUUGUUAAUACAUUAGAGAAAUUUUCUUUGUAUUUAAGUCAUUAUUGUAAUGGCGACAUUGAUAUGUGUUUCAAUGGUUAUCGUCUAGCUAGUCUUUGCAAUAAAUUAUCUCGUUUGAAAUCGAUUCAUUUUGCUAUUCAAAUUCCAUUUAUGGAAGAACCAACUUAUCGAAUAUUAUCCGAUUUCAUUCAAGCUUUUCGCAAACCUUUUUGA